AUGGCUUUCACCUUUGCGGCCUUCUGCUACAUGCUCACCUUGGUGCUGUGCGCUGCUCUUAUCUUCUUUGUCAUAUGGCAGAUUAUUGCAUUCGACGAGCUUCGCACAGACUUCAAAAACCCCAUUGAUCAGAGCAAUCCCACCAGAGCGAGGGAAAGAAUUCUCAAUAUUGAAAGAAUCUGCAACCUGCUGCGGAGGCUGGUGGUGCCAGAAUACUCCAUCCAUGGACUCUUCUGCCUGAUGUUCAUGUGCGCUGGAGAGUGGGUCACCCUCGGCCUCAACAUCCCCCUGCUGUUAUACCACCUCUGGAGGUUUUUCCAUCGUCCGAGAGAUGGGUCAGAAGUCAUGUAUGAUCCUGUGAGCGUGAUGAAUGCAGAUAUUCUCAAUUACUGUCAAAAGGAGUCCUGGUGUAAGCUCGGCUUUUACCUGGUGUCUUUCUUCUACUAUCUCUACAGUAUGGUCUACGCCUUGGUGAGCUUCUAA